AUGGCCGGAAGUCGGAGGAAAAUUCAAGAGAUCUUAGAUCGCGCAAUUUUCCCGGAGGAUUCAGAUUUUGAUGCUGAAAGUGUCGCACACAGCCCCGGGGGAAGAUCGGCGGAUAACUCUGACGCCGAUGAUCAGCAACAUGAGACCUGCCCCGACCAGCAACCAUCUGAUGUCUCGGGAGAUGAAGAUAAUCACCCGAAACAUUCCCGUGGCGACAAGACCACUGCAGAUUUGCGAUCUGACAAUUUUGAGAAGAAUACUUUCCGACAACCAAAGUUCUGGCUUUCAUGGAGAGGAAAAGUACUUGUAAAGUCUGAAUCAGGUGUAGUCCCGGAGGAUCAUUCACCACUUGACGCGACUCAAUCUGGCAACGGUUAUAUUGUCUUUACUGGAAACAAGUAUCAAAAAUUCAAAGGUACUAUCAGCUGUGAUGUUCUUGGUUGGGACAACGUUGCAAUAACUGGUUGGAAGCAGUGA